GGUGCGGAAGUAACCGCAGAAACGAUGCAACCAAUGAUGCAACCAACCUACAUCCAGGGAUGUAACACGCAGUGGAAGGUCAGGUUUUUAUCUCCGUUGCAUUUCAACACUUUAAACUUAUUAAACCAAACAACUGCUACAAAAGGCAAAGCUAGGCGUUUUCGCAUACAGUAGUACUGAACUUUAUGACAGCUCUACGUGCGUGACUCCUCGGACAGCAGCUAACAGUUAUUCAUUGUUAAAUCUGACAGCGCGUCUGCCCUGAUGUCUGGGUCAAAAUGUGCACGGCUGAGCGCGGCGCUCGCUAAACAAGUGCUGGACUCGGUGGACAGCGUUCUGUUUGACUGCGACGGGGUCAUCUGGCGGGGGGACCAGGCCGUCCCCGGCGCCCCUCAAGUCAUAAACCUGCUCAAGGAAAACGGCAAGAAGGUCUUCUUCGUCACCAACAACAGCACCAAGACGAGAAAGAUGUACGUCGACAAAUUGUCUGUGUUGGGGUUCAACGCGAAAGAAGACGAGGUGUUCGGGACGGCGUACUGCUCCGCCAUGUACCUGAAGACUGUGUGCAAGCUGGAGGGCAAAGUGUACCUGAUAGGAAGCAACGCAAUGAGAGAGGAGAUGGAGGCGGUGGGGCUCCAGCAGACCGGGGUGGGACCUGACCACGUCCUCGGGAAGCAGACCGACUGGGCCAACGUGCCUCUGGAUCCCGAGGUGAAGGCUGUGGUUGUCGGUUUCGACGAACAUUUCAGUUACAUGAAGCUGAACCGAGCCAUGCAGUACCUGACCCAGCCGGGCUGUCUGUUUGUGGGAACCAACAGGGACACCAGGUUGCCCCUGGAGGGAGGCAAGGCUGUCCCAGGUACAGGCUGCUUGCUGCAGGCUGUGGAGACUGCAGCCCAGCGCCAGGCCCAGACGGUGGGCAAACCCAACCACUUCAUGUUUGACUGCGUGGCCUCCCAGUUCGGCGUGGACCCCGACCGCUGCCUGAUGGUGGGCGACCGCUUGGACACGGACAUCAUGCUGGGCUCCAACUGCGGCCUGAAGACCCUCCUCACCCUCACGGGGGUCAGCACUGUGGCGGACGCCGAGGCCCAUCAGAAGAGCGGCUGCGCGGAGAGGCAGGGGAUGGUGCCGGAUUAUUACGUGGAGAGCAUCGCGGAGCUUCUUCCAGCUCUGCAGGGAUGAAACUGCUGUCGGGACCGGAGUGUAGCUGCGUGAUGAUAGCGUAUCGGUUUCAAACCUGAGGGAUUUGGCUAGCCUGUCACAUGCCACACUCCACUGUCUUCUAAAAGGGAAUAUUUUUCAUGAAGAUUUAUAUAAUUAAAAUGAUUUCUAUAACAAAGUCACAACCAUGCAGCUGGCUGAUGCGCGACAGAUGAGAAAAAGACUAAUUUAUUUAACUAAACCAUUAUUAAAACAUGCUAAUUUAACACGAUAUAAAUGAUUGAUUUAUCAUAAAUAACAUAAGAACAAUGAUUUACAGUAUUGUUUCAAUCGUUCCUUUUUUGAGGAAAGGAGUAAAAAAAAAAAAAAAGUGUACUUUAAAGACCCAGUCUGUGAUGCAAUCUCCCCUUAAGCAACUCCAAGUCAAACUCAAUGAGGGAAAUGAGCACACAAAAUGUGCUAACAGUUUGGUAAUAUACUAUGUGUUCAGGUUUACAGCUGUUUUAAAGUCUAGAAAUAACAGGCACAUAACUUGAGCUUUCUGUUUUUUUAUGUAUUUACACACCUCAGCAGAAAGUGCAAACAUUUGCAGUAACAUUCAUGGGAUGGUGCAAUGAUACCCAGUUUUGUCAUGUCAGUACACUAGUAAAAACGUGAUUAAUAGAAUGGCAUAAAUGUUUUUAAGGUAAUCCAGUCUUCCUUUUACCUUUCUGUGUUCUCUGACUUGUCCUUGACUCACCCAAUCACUGAAAGCAAUGCUUAAAUCUGUAAUAAA